CAUAUCUUUGCAUAUUGCAGAUAAUUGGAAUAUGAAGACAGGACAGUUAUGCUGGUAGGUCUGACUUCAAGGCCUGAUCUUGAUCACAAAGCUUGACCUAUGAACUUUUUGGGCUACCAUGACUGAUGACAGUCCAUAUCAAGAAGGGUGGAAGCAACUUGAAGACCUCUAUGAAUCACUACCUGUACUGGAAGAUGACCAGGUGCCUGAAGGUGAGGAUGAAGCAGAAUGGUUGAUGGAUGCUGGGCUGGACCCAUUGCUCACCAGGUAUAAUUCAGGUCAAGAAGUAUCUGAAGCUGAGGUGCAAGAAGUUGUGUCAACACUGUCACUUCGUCAGCAAGAAGCUGUCAAAAAAAGAGUGAACACUCUCAAUGCUACCCUUAAGAAGAAGACUCAAAAACGACGACCUGAUAUCCGGGAAGUAUUUUCUCCAGAGGACUCACGUGGAAGCUCCCACAGAGGCAGUGCAGAUACUUUUGAUGGCCAUUGGUCACCUUUCUAUUCUAGUCGGGACCUUCUAGACACUCCUAAAAGGUCCACCUCCCCAGGUCCUCAUGAACACAGUUCUUCCCCUUUGCAUUCACCCAUCUUUCCCAAGGCACGGUUGUUCAGUGGAUGGCGUCAGAAAUACAAUUUCUUCAGCAACUCUGGGAUGGCCACACCUCCUGAGGAAUGCUGGAACACUGAGACAGGCAUAGAGUCCCUGAUGUACAAGAAACGGAGAGAUUCUGUCUUGUCAGCUCAUGGUGACUCAAUGAAAAAGGUAAAAGAUGGAGAGAAAGCAUCAGAACCAGUGAAAGGAUUCCAAACUACUCUUGCUGAAGUUAGGACUCCCAAACUUAAGCGAUCAUCAAAUAUUGAUCAUGAAUUCGAGAGAGAUCUAUCACCUUCAAAUAUUGAGGACCUGGGUCUCAAAGACCAAUCCACAAUUCAGUCUCUUGCCUUCCUGGAACAAACUGUGCUCUUUGAAGAUCAUGGAAUUUCAAUUUCUCGUCGGAAGAAGCUAAAACGGCAAAAUCGCAGAGAGGGGAGACCUUCAGGGAUGGAAUUUUGGGGUGUACCACUUGAAGCUUUGCUGGAACGAGAUUUCAAGCACUUCCCAGACUCCAAUGUAAUCCCUGUGAUCUUGAAAAAGAUUCUGCAGCACCUGCAUCUCCACUGUCUACAUGUAGAAGGGUUGUUACGUGUGGGAGGAAACCGUGCCAAGACAGAGCAAAUGCGAAAUGAGAUUGAGGAUAAUCUCUAUAGCAAUCCAGAUAGUGUGGAUAACACUCUGGUGCAUGCAUCACCACAUGAUGUUACAUCCCUCCUCAAGAUGUUCCUCCGGGAGUUGCCCGACCCUCUUGUGACUGCACGUAAUAUGGAUGCCUUCCUUAAGACUCUAGAAUUGGGUGCAGAAAAGGAGCAGGUGAAAGCCCUCAAUUACUUAAUACUGUCAUUGCCACGAGCAAACAGGAAUGUGUUGCAAGCAUUUAUCAGUUUCCUUGCACGGGUUGUGGAGAAGGAGGAUACUAAUAAGAUGUCCCUGCAUAAUGUUGCUCUGGUUGUGUCUCCCAACCUCUUCUUCAUGCCUUUUCGUAGGAAUCAAGAAGGCAUCAACAAGCAGAGACGACGUGGUCUUGAACUCCACCAGAAGGUGAUGGAUUGCCUUCAGGACAACUCUAGCUUCCCCUUGACUGUGAUGUUGCCUAGUUCAUUCCCAAUCCCUGUUACCACUGUCUUUGUUGACACUGAGUGCACUGCUGGAGACAUUGUCCUCAGUGUCCUGGAGCUGAUGGUUCAUCGAAAGGAAAGGAGCAACAGUAGUGGUGCUGCCAUUGAAGGUGGAGUUGCAGGGAAUAUGAAGAGAAGGCAUCAGCAUCCUCUGGGUGAUCUAUCCAGAGAUGUCUUCACCACAUGUAUGAUGACUGCUGGGGAUGAAGAAGUUGCUCUUCAGACCCAUGCUCUAUGGGAAGUUGGUGGAAACAUUGGGGAACGAAAGCUGCAACCAUUCAUGAAGAUUGCUAUGGUAUUGCUUGAAAAUUCAUUUGGCCAGUUCUACCUGCGCUGCAAUCAUCGCCUGUCUCGGUCCUCGAAGAGCUAAGACAUUAUCUGUUCCUCUCUUUCAAGUGCUCCCUUUCAAAGCCCUAUUUUUUUUAUUCAUUAAGUCAUUCAGAAUUUAUCACCUGCAACAAUUCCAUGACCCUCCUGUUCAUCACUAUGUGUUGACCUUUGAGUUUUUUUCAGUGAGCUUAAGAUUCCAACAAGAAAGCAAUGAAUGAUUCCAUUUUUAUAUUCAAGCAAAAAAAUACAACUGAUGAAUACCAUCAGGUACAAAUUGCUGCAUGACUUAUUAGUAGCUCCUGAAAAGUGCCAAAAGCUCAUCCUGCCUUAUAUGGCAGCUGUUUGACUCCAGUGAUUGUUUUUUUUACCCCACUCAACUAUCAACGAUACAUUGC